AUGUUCCACUUACCCAGACGUCCAUUUCCAACUAAUGCACAGGACAGCCUGCUGUCCCGUCACCCUUCAUCAGUGGACGGGGCAGACGAAGGCCAGUAUUAUGAUUUUCAACAGAGCAUAUCUGGGAGUGACAGCAACACAACUAAAGGUAGCCGUAAUAACUUUAUUGAGCUCAUGAUGAACAGCUCCCUCCAGGUGCGACGCAGCAUGGUGUUGCGGAACUCAGACUCCGCCUCUGUGGUUUCCUCUACUACAGACGAAGACGGUGCUUCAGUCACUCUGGACCCGUUGGAACACGAAUGGAUGAUGUGCGCAUCCGACGGCCAAUGGGAGAGUCUCCACCGUCUCCUUUCCUGUGAACCGAACCUUGUCAUGAAGAAGGAUUUUGUGACUGGGUUCACCUGCCUGCACUGGGCCGCCAAGCAGGGCAAACAAGAACUGCUGGCGCUUAUCGUAAACUUUGCCAAACAACACACAGUGCCCAUCAACAUCAACGCCCAGUCAAGUGCUGGCUACACGCCACUACACUUAGCAGCAAUGCACAACCAAGUUGAGGUGGUGAAGUUACUGGUAGGAGCCUAUGACGCAGACGUAGAGGCCAGAGAUUACAAUGGGAAAAAGGCGUGUCAGUAUCUUACAAACAGUGUGGCCGUUGAUAUCCGUGACAUCAUCGGGGCGGGUGGUGACGGCGACUCGGACUCAGAGAGCACGGACUAUGGGGAUGGGGGGCGUUGGAGGCUGUCUAAAGUUCUCCAGUCUAAUCUGAUGCCCAUCAAACUGCACGGUCACAGUGAGGAGGACACAGGUGAUGGAGCAGACCAGGCCAGACAGAAACCCUUGCUGAGGAAAUCGUCCUUUAGCAAGAUGAGGCCCAAACUUCAGAAGAUCCGCUUCAGAUCUUCACAGAUAGUUCACAGCACACCGUUCCCAGCACAUUGUGAGACAGAGGAGCUUAACUGGUCCAGGAAAAGCUCAUUUAAAUCCAGACCCAUGUCAAAUCUGUUUGGCUGAAGAAUAGCCCCUAUGUACACUCGACAAAGAGCAAAUAAACUACUACAGUGCAGGAUCAAAUCAAAUCAAAUUUUAUUUGUCACAUACACAUGGUUAGCAGAUGUUAAUGCGAGUGUAGCGAAAUGCUUGGAUGACUGACACAAUGGGGUAUAGUUUGA